GUUUUCAUCUACGGAUUAUGUCCUUCUGUGGGUGAUUGCCGCUGCGAUGAAUAACGAACAGUUCCGCAAACUGUUGGCUGCGAAUGCAAAGAAGAACUCCGAUAGUCAAAAUGGUGCACCUGCAGGCUCAUCGUCCACAGGCACCGGGAAUGCGCUCGGUUCGAGGCAACGAUCGAGCAUCCCAAUGACACCACGCGCUCUAGGGGGUGCUCAAGCGGACUUUGCACGACAACUGGUUGAGCGAAACAACGCGGUUCGACCUCAAAAGAAGUUCAAAUCUUACGAUCCAAAAGGCGUCAAACUCGCGUCGGGCUACAUCGACCGAUCGAAAGAACGUGACGAGAAAAUAAAGGAUGAUCGGGAACAACAACUCAAAGACCUCGAAGAACAGCUCAAGAACGAGGAGAUCGACCAGGAGACAUUUGAGAACCGUCGAUUCGAGAUUGCAGGAGGCGAUUUAAGUAGCACGCAUCUAGUUAAAGGACUUGACUUUAAGCUCCUCCAACGAAUCCGGCGUGGAGAAGAUAUAUAUGGAGAAAAGAAAGACGGAGCCGAGCAACAACCCACAGAUGAGCCCGCCGCCGAGAUUGACGUCGAUGAUGAAUUUGAACAGCUGGCAGAACAGGAAGUCCAGGUAGUGCCCAAAGAAAAGACCGAGACAAAAAAAAAAGGCCAACUAUCUACAGUGUCACUGGCACCUGGAAAAAAACGAACACGCGAUCAAAUUCUUGCAGAAUUAAAGGCGGCAAGAGAAGCUGCCAAAGCACAGCAAGGGAAUGUGCUUGGCGACCGUUUCAAGAAGGUUGGUGUCAAACAGAAGGCAGGAUCGCGAAUAGAGAGAGACAGCAAAGGACGAGAGGUUUUAAUCGUUGUGGAUGAAGAUGGACAUGAAAAGAGGAAGGUUCGGAAAGUUCAGCCUGGCGCUAAGGAAAUUGAUGAAGGUGAUCGGAUCGGGCUUCUCAUGCCGGACAAGAAUUCAAAGCCACUUGGCAUGGAGGUUCCAGAACAAUAUAGGAAAAAGGAGGAGCCCGAGGAGGACGAAGACAUCGACAUCUUUGACGGCGUGGGUGAUAAUUACGAUCCACUGGCUGGGAUAGACGAUUCAGGUUCAGACUCUGGUUCAGACUCUGGUGUGAAUGAAGAUUCGAAGAAGAUGGAACAAGAGAAAAUGGAUGAAGGGAAUAUUGCUGACCCAUCGAUGCAACCGCCGCCGAAACCACAAGCGCCUCGAAAUUACUUCCAGGGAGCGAAGACGGGUCUAGUGUCAGAGGAGCAUAGCAAAGCGCCUUCCAUGUCAGAUCCAGCCAUCAUGGCAGCGAUCAAGCGAGCAGCGGCUCUCAACCCUAUCAAGAAGGCCAGGGAUCAUGCUGAAGAAGAUGACGACGAUGACGACGGUCAAGCUGAUGAAAUGAAGAAGGAAGCGAUGGAGGAAAAAAGAAGGAGGCUUCUACAGAUGGCGGAUCGCGAUGAUGAAGAUCUCGAUAUGGGCUUCGGUACUAGUCGGUUUGCCGACGAAGAAGAUUUUGACGACAGUAGGGUCAAGCUUUCAACCUGGGGAGACAAGGAUGACGAUGGCGAGGGGCAAUCAAAAGGAGGGCAAUCAAAACGAAAGCGAGGCCCAAAGAAGAGAAAGGGUGAUGCUAAUAAUGCUGCGGAUGUAUUGCGGGUUAUGGAAGCGCGCAAGAAGUCAUGAUGGGCGGCAGGAGGUUCUCCGUUAGUAUACCUAUCAUGAAACAUAUCUUAAUUCGGCACAAAGCCGAGGCUUGAUACCCCAUGCUGUAGUUAGGAUUGUAUACCUUAACAUAAUGCUUAUUCAACCUUUCAAGUCACACUUACCGUGGAAGC